GUCACCGCCUCUGUCUUCUCCUCUCCGUGUCUCGCGCUGCCAGUCUCUCUCUCUCCCUCCUCCUCCUCCUCCUCCUCUUCCUCUCUUCCCUCCCUCAGUCCGUUUCAGAUUGAGAUUUAACAGCGCCUCGGAUCUUCAGCUGCCUCCGCCAUCGCUCGACAGGGCGCGAGAAGAACCCGGCGUUUUCAAAACCCACCCCCCCACCCCACAGCGGCGCGAGCCCCUCCGAAACGCCACGCUUCCUCCUUCUCUUCCUCUUCUUCCUCCUCCUCGUCCUCCUCUACUCUCUCUCACUCUCACUCUCCCUCUCUCCGCCACUUCCUUGCAUUUUUAAUGGAAAAUGGCGAUCCGCGCGCCGUCCUCGAGCGUCUUCUGCCUCGUCUGUGCGCAGACGGCGCUUCUCCUCCUCGCGCUGUCCUCGCCCGGAGCUGCCAUCCUCCGCUUCCCGCAGCACUACACGAUGAUGCACUGGGCGAGUCGUAUAGAGAAGGAGCUGGACAAAGUGCUGCCACAGGUCACUGGAGCUCAGCAGAUGAGAUCGAUUUACAGUGAAAAGAGGAGUCAGUUUGAUGUGAGGAGGAACUCGCCUAAGGAUCUGGUGGAAAGAGUGGCUCGAGACAUCGCCAAGCUGCUCAACAGCAAGCGGAAAGCCCUGGAGAGGCUUGCCAGAGAGGCAGAGCAGAUACAGACAGAGCACCCAUGGCAGGACGGCAUCAAGGAGAGUGAUAUACAGUACUACGACUCCAAGUCGGACUCCGAUUAUUCUGAAGAUGGCGACGAUGAGAACCUGAUGGAGAACCCAUACUCUCUUCCUCUGGAGUUUGUGGACGACCCCAACUUCAAAAACAAAGUCAACUACUCCUACACUGCGGUGCAGAUUCCAACCGACAUCUACAAGGGCUCUCCUACGAUUCUGAAUGAGCUGAACUGGACUCAAGCUCUGGAGCGAGUGUUUAUAGAUAACAGUCGAGAAGACCCCUCCCUUCGCUGGCAGGUGUUCGGAAGUGCCACUGGUGUCACUAGAUAUUACCCAGCUACUCCGUGGAGGGCGCCCAACAAGAUUGACCUGUACGAUGUGAGGAGACGACCUUGGUACAUCCAGGGCGCCUCUUCUCCUAAAGACAUGGUCAUCAUUGUAGAUGUGAGUGGCAGCGUCAGUGGACUGACUCUGAAACUGAUGAAGACUUCUGUGAUUGAGAUGCUGGACACACUGUCUGAUGAUGACUAUGUAAAUGUAGCUCAGUUUAAUGAAAAGGCAGACGCUGUGGUCUCAUGCUUUAAGACGCUGGUCCAGGCCAAUGUGAAGAACAAAAAGAUCUUCAAGGAGAAGGUGAUGAACAUGCAGGCGAAGGGGACGACCGACUACAAAUCUGGAUUUAAGUUUGCCUUUGAGCAGCUGCUGAAUGAGACCAGCGCUCCGAGGGCAAACUGCAAUAAGAUGAUAAUGAUGUUCACAGAUGGAGGAGAGGACCGAGCUCAAGAUAUUUUCGAGAAGUACAACUGGCCCAAUAAAACAGUUCGAGUUUUCACCUUCUCUGUAGGCCAGCACAACUAUGAUGUCACUCCACUGCAGUGGAUUGCUUGUGCCAACAAAGGAUACUAUUUUGAGAUCCCAUCUAUUGGAGCAAUCCGAAUCAACACCCAGGAGUAUCUGGAUGUUCUGGGUAGGCCCAUGGUGUUAGCUGGCAACCGGGCCAAACAGGUGCAGUGGACCAACGUCUACCAGGAUGCACUGGGUUUGGGCCUGGUCAUUACUGGGACGAUGCCAGUCUUCAAUCUUACCGCUGAUGGGGACUCUAAGAAUCAGCUCAUCCUGGGAGUCAUGGGCGUAGACGUUGCCCUGAGUGAAAUUCAGCAGCUCACACCGCGGUAUAAGCUUGGAGCCAAUGGUUACACGUUCGCCAUAGACCCUAAUGGCUACGUUCUUCUGCACCCAAACCUACAACCGAAGAUCAUUAACUUCAGAGAGCCAGUCACGCUUGACUUCCUAGAUGCAGAGCUGGCAGACAGCAACAAGGAGGAGAUCCGUCGGCAGAUGAUUGACGGCAGGCCCGGACAGAAGAAAAUCAAGACAUUGGUUAAGUCUGCUGACAAGCGUUACAUUGACCAGGUCAUGAGGACGUACAUAUGGACACCAGUGGAUGGCACAGACUACAGUCUCAGUUUGGUGCUGCCCACCUACAGUGAGAACCAUAUCAGAGCCAACCUCAGCGACCAGAUUCUGCAAGUCCAGUUAAAAGACACCACGGAUUUUGAAUCUCUGCUGCCAGUCACUUUUGAAUCAGAGGGACAUGUGUUGAUUGCCCCCAGGGAAUACUGCAAGGACCUGGAGCUGUCCAACAACAACACGGAGUUCCUGCACAACUUCAUCGCCCUGAUGGAGAAAGUCACACCGGACUCCAAACAAUGCGACAACUUCCUGCUGCACAACCUGAUCCUGGAUACGGGCAUCAUCAGACAGCUGGUGGACAAAGUGUGGAAAACGAAGGAUCUCAACACGUAUGGAUUUUUGGCCGUCUUUGCAGCUACAGAUGGAGGCAUCACUCGUAUUUUUCCAAAUAAGGCUGCUGAAUCCUGGGAAGAGGAUCCAGAGCCGUUUAAUGCCAGUUAUUAUCGCCGCAGUCUGGACAACAAGGGCUACAUCUUCAGAGCACCCUAUCGUAGCCCAAACGCUCUCCUACAGGACCAAGAGAAUGACACCAUCGGCAUCCUGGUCAGUACAGCGGUGGACAUUACAAUAGGGUCCAGAACCAUCAAACCCGCUGUGGUGGGUGUAAAGUUGGAUCUUGAGGCUUGGACUUCAAAAUUUAAGAUUCUUGCCAGCAACUACACAGACAGCAGUCGGCAGGGUCCUCAAAUGUGUGGACCCACCAGUGGCUGUGAGAUGGACUGUGAGGCUCAUGAGGACUUGCUGUGUUACCUGAUAGAUGAUGGUGGCUUCCUCAUCAUGUCCAAUCAGAUUAACGAUGUAAACAAGAUCGGCAUGUUCUUCAGUGAGGUGGACCCAGCCCUGAUGUACCUGCUCUAUAACAACUCCUUCUACUUCCGCAAGCAGUCAUUUGACUACCAAUCAGUGUGUGAGCCUGUUCCUAGCAGCAACACUGGGGCAGCUCCUAGAGGGGUCUUUGUGCCCACUAUUGCAGAUCUACUAAAUGUGGCCUGGUGGACAUCUGCAGCUGCCUGGUCUAUCUUCCAGCAGAUGCUUUAUGGAUUUGCCUACCACAGCUGGUUCAAUACAGAUAAAGUUGAAGCAGACAGCAUGGACUCCAGAGAAACCAGCUGUGUGACAGUGCAGACCCAGUUCUACUUUGGAAACAUUACCACUGGAUACAGCUUAGUGCAGGACUGUGACAACUGCUCCAGGUUGAUCCACGCAAAGAGAAUAAAUAACACCAACUUGCUGUUUGUGGUGGCUGAGAAGCUGCCCUGCAACACCUGCGACAUAGAGAAGCUGUCUCAGGAUGAAGUAGAAUUCAAGCAAGAAGAUCCCUGUCUGGACAUGCCACCAGCGCGGUAUAGAAAAGGACCCUCCACCUGUUUCGAUUACAACACUGCAGAGAACACAACAGACUGCGGGCGAGGACACUCCUUCCGCCCGUCCAUCCACACUUUACUCCUCCUCCAGCUCCCUCUCCUCUCUCUGGUGGCCCGCCCCCACGUUUUGCCUUUCUCCCUUUAACUUCCUCCUCUGCCUCUCUCCCCCUCCUCUCUGUAAUUCUGCAUUUCUCCUUUACCUCCCCUCGCUCUAGUCAUAGGUAUUAAAGGGACUUCCUGCUGCCCUUAAUAGGGAAGCCCGGCAUACUGCUUCAUCCACUUAGCUUCACAGGUUGUUGCUUAGUGACCGUUGCAGAACUUUUAUCGUCUCCUGCCAAUCAGCAGCUUUUUUGUGGGAGGAGCUAGAAGUUUCUUUGAGGAAGAAGAAGCUGAGGAAGUCCAUGACAAAUUUGGCCGUCUAGCGGUGCAGGAGCCGCGGUGGGAGAAAUGACCAGUGUCUAGGACCAACGUGGAAAAAAAUGGAAUGUUCCCUCUCUGCGCGACCUGCCGCUACGGACGCAGGGGGGGUUACGUUUUUGUCAGACUCUGCCUCAAGUCAUCCUCCUCAUCCUCAUCUUCAUCCCAUACAGGCCCGUGACUCAAGUUUCAGGGUCUGCCGCUUGCCUAAUUUAACGUGGGGCUACAGAACCGUCUGCCAUUUUUUAGCAACCAGUAAUCACAGAACUCUAAACAGCUAUUGAAAAAAAAUAUGAGUAACAACCUGUGAGUAUUUAAAGCAUACCUCCAUAUGUUAGGAUAAACCCAGAGAGGGAAGAUGAUAGAUGUUACUUAUGACAAAAUAUAAUUUGUUUAUUUAUGCACUAUAUCUACUUCUUGCCAAAAUGAGAUAGACUUGUUGCGUGGUCUUAUUUUUCUAGCCAAAUUAGGACGAGGAGAAAAAAAAAGGGGAGAAAACGACUUGCACAGUACAACGGCAAGUGCAGUUAGGAAGAAUGGAAGAACUCGCAGAGACCAGGCCUGUAUUUCAAUUCGCCUCAUUUGCUCUUCUUUUCACCAGUCAUAAGGGCUUCAUUAGGCACAUGCUUUCUGUUUGAAUGGUCAGCGUAGGUAGAUGAGCUUGUAAUGGUUUCAGUCUUACAGAGCUUCAGUUUAGGUUUAGGUGGUGUCUUUUUAACGUUCACGUCGUUAAGAGACGAAUUGGAAUACGGCCCACCUGGGCUCCGACAUCACCAGUCUGAAUCCUCCAUACUUCUGUCCUGCGGGUAAAAGGAGGCCACCACCAUACUGAUCAUGUCCUAAUGCUCGACUUCUCGAUCUGGCUAAUGAUCAGUCAGUGAAUAGUAAUGCGAUGAAAAUCAUCUAUUUGCCAUUCAGUGUUAGUCUUGUCUGUCAUUUGGAGCACAUACAGUUGCAUGCAAAAGUUUGAACACCUCUGGUCAAAUUACAUGUUUUUUUCAUUUUAUUUUAUUUCCUAAGUGAAAAUAAGUUCCUCUAUAGUAUUCAUGUCAAACCGGGGGAACGUCUAGGCCUAAGAGCUGUGAAGAUUAGUGUUAACCCUCCACUAUCGCUCUGAAUUCAGUUCAUGAAGGCUAAUUAGCUGAUGAGCUGAAUCAGGUGCUGAAGUCUGCAGUGCUUUGGCCCGCAAGGACUGGAACCUGACACACGUGCUCUACAGAGAACAUGCAUGUGGCAUGUUUCAGUGUAUGUUAACAUACUGGGGUAAAAACAAAACAUACAAUGUAACUUUUGCAUGGACACAUUUUAUGUGUUCCAGUAUGUUAAAGUCAGCGAAUACAGUAAUUGUGCAUCAAAAUAUGCAGAAGUGUGUGUGUUCUCUGUAAAGGACGUGAGCUUAUUCUCACUUGUACAUGUAAUUGUGCACUCAAACUUUUGUAAACAACUGUUUAUUUAUACACAAGUUUAGUUGUGAAUGUCAGUUUUCACAUAUCCAUACAUCAUUAUGUUGAUAUAAUGAAAUAUGUAAAAAACGGCAUAAGUAGUGUAGAUUAGGGCCCUUAUCUUGUUUUUCCCUCUGUUUGUUGUGCCUUGAUGCACUUUUGCGUUGGAAAAGCCACUAAGCUAUCAGUACUGAGUAAAUCCACCACUCUUGUGAAGGUACCACUGAGCCUUUUGUUGGGCCUUAGAGAGAUUUAUUUAAAAGCCUCCACUUGGCCUCUAGGGCUACAGCAUCAUUUUUGAGCCUUUGGACUGACUAAAGUUAGAUUAGCUGACAGAAAGACGCGACUGACCGAUAGGAUGGAUUAAGGUUUUGAGUUCGAAUAUUUUUGCCAUAGCCUCCAGCCUGUUGUUCUGGGGACCUUGGGUGAAUGCAGGCAUUGCAUUACCCCUCCAGUAAAUUCCACAAGAUCUUUACAAAUGAUUAUAGCUUAUGUGAGGAACGUAAAAGUCUUUCUUUAUGAUCAAGGUCGCCGUCUGGUGUCCACUUCUAUAGACUCACCACAGAGGCAAUCAAUAUUGUACUGCGCACUGGUGAAAGUGAUCUAAUCCACUGUGGAGUCUUCUCUUUAACUCUCUUCACAAUGCUGUGACUGUUUAAGAUUUUCGGACUUUUUUUGAGUUAUAAUGACCUUGAGAGUGGCUGAAGCGUCCGCUCUUCAUUGCCAGCAUCCAUCACAGCUUCUGUAAUGAGUUUUUCAGGUUCAUAAUGCUCUUUGUUUGUGUGUAUGUGUGCGCGUGUGCACUGUAUGUAUUGUCUGCUUACAAUGCAGCACAGUUUGCUGUAAUAAGUUGGAAAAAAAAUGAAGAAAAAAAUCCUGGUUGUAUCGUAAUUGUCAGUAAGACGGAGUAACGUGUCCCGUUUUGCAGGUGCGAGAAGAAUGUUUCACACGUGUUUGUCUGCCUUUGUGCUUCAUAACAGUCACACUGUACCUUCCAUCUCACCCUUUUUCUCUGUAAUUGCUCCCCCUUUCUCCCUCCUUUUCAUCGUUCUGCUUCCUCGCCCGGCCUAUCUUUCCCUUCCCUCCUUUGUCUUCCAUCACACCCUCCACUUAAAGAACACAGAAGUGUGUGAUUUGAGGAGUUUUAGCAGUGUCCUGCAUGGGUGGGCCGUGGAACGUACGCACUUGAGGGACAACGUGGACAUAACCCGCUCUUCAUUUACGCAGCACGACGUCUCACAAGUGAUGUAAUACAUCGUCCCCUCAAUGGCGUACGUUCUGAGGUUAACAUUGUGCAUGUUUAUCACUGAUGCUAAUGCUACGUGCUGUCAUACAGAGUUCUCAGCUGUUUUUUCCUGCUCCACAGUCCGGCUCAUUCUUUGGGAACAUUAGCAUCAUGUCACCAUCAGUUCCACCACCUAAGAGAAUGUUUGGUGUAGGGGCUGCCACAGCUGACACAUAAUCCACUGCGGUGUACAUUAUCACUGGGACAUGAGCAUGAAUACGUACCAUAUCCUAACAGCCACAGUGCACUUAUACUGUUAAUGUACUAUUAUAACCUGCUGUCCUUUCGCACCACACAUUACUCAACGCAAGUCUAUGGAAGUCGAUUCCCGCCAGGUGGAGGAGAAAAAAAUUGCCUGUGUUCUUUAGCAGCAGGAAGGAAAAAAUGUGAGGUAGAAUUUCAAAAUAAUGACUUUUUUGAAUAUUGACAAAUAAUGACUUGGGCCCUCAAAUUAAUGACUCAUUUUCUUGAUAUUUAGACUUUUCGUGCUGAACUUAUUUGAUUUACAAUGUCAAAAUUCUGACUUCUGUACUUUCUAUGUCACAAUAAUGGCCUGUGAUCUCAAAUGUUUGACUUGAGGCACCAAAAGUUUCAGUUUCUCAAAAGUUUGACACGGCUUCUCGAAGUAAUGAGCUGUAAUACGUCACAAUCUCGAGAUGUUAAGAUUAAGAAAGCAGACCCUUCUUCCGAGACACUGUUAAAGUAUUUCAGUAUUUUGAGGACAUAAUCAUCUUCAAGAUCGAAAUAAAACAAUUCAAAGCGUUGACAAAAUAAGUUUUAUGAAAAUAAGUCAUUAUUUUGAGAUACUCACUUUGAGUCAUAUGUUCACAUACUGCUAGAAACACUGAAGGAGGGGAAGAACAGAUGAUGCUGAUGAUUUUUUUCUCUCCUCUGCCUUGGGGGGCAGAAAUGGGCUUCCAUACAUGCCAGUCACCUUUCAAAAAAAAAAAAAAAAGCCCCCCCCCCCUAAA